GGAAUUGAUGUAAAGUUUUUACAAGUCGGGUUACUGAUGUCUAACAAUAGUGUUUAUUCUUUACAUAAAACAUCUACUAGACCAUUUUUACAGAAGAAAAGUGAAGAAUGGGGAGUUGAAAUGGAAGUUGUAGCAGAACUACGUUUUAAUCUGUCAAAAACUCUGAAAUGUCACAAGAAGAACAGCGUAGACGUUGAAGUGGACUUUAUUAAACUCUCGCAUAAAACUGGAAAAUCGUGA